AUGGCGCUUCAAACCCGGUUCUUCCCGUCCUGCACCGCUUCACAUGCAAAUCACCGCGGCUCUCAGCCAAUCAGCACGGGGGCGGGAGCAAAGGGGCGUGGCUGCGCGCUGCCCCGGGAGGGCGGGGGACUCCGGGACCGGCGCCGGUCCCGUGCCGUCCCCGCCGUGUGGGAGGCGAGGCGAGGUGCGGGGCACCCGGCGGGAGUCCGGAGGACUCGCAACUGCCCUCGUCCCCGGUGCGCUCCCGCUUCCCGCCGCGCUGCGGGUGCAGCCCCGGGGCCCUCCGCCUCGGUCAACGGGCGGUGGGGUCCGCCCGCCGGCAGGGGGCGCGGGGGGCGGCGGCGGGCGGCGCUCUGCCCCGCUGUGCCCCGCGCCCGUGACCGGCGCGGAGUCGCCGGGACCGAGCGCCGCCAUGGAGGCGCGCGCCGCGGGCCGCGGCCUGCUCGUAUCCACCGGGAGCGGCGGGGCCGGGCGGGGGGCGGGGCGGGGCGCGGUGCGGAGGUUUCCUUAGCUGCGGCGCAGAGCGUUGCCGGCGCGGAGGUGCGGGCCGGGCGGCGGGAGCCGUGUGUGCUCGGCCUGGCGCGGCGGGGCGGCCGCUACGGGAUCGUUAUCCACUCGCAGGAGAAAGAAAACUCCGAUCCGGAUUAUAUUCCCAUCAACAGCCGCUUUAAGUGUGUGCAAGAGGCAGAAGAAACUCUGCUGAUUGAUAUAGCUGCAAACACAGGCUGCAAGGUCCGGAUACAGGGCGACGAGACACCGGAGCGGCUCUUUGAGAUCCCUGACGAGGAGCGCUGCUUGGGAUUCCUGUCCGAAGUGCAGAGCAUCCAGGAGGCCCACCUGAAAGCUUCUCCUGAAGCCAAGGAUGGAGCCAUCUGGCAUCAGGUGGAGAAGAGCCUCCCGGGUCUGUUGCAGGCCUCUCCUCCAGGAGCUCUGGGGUUUGAGGAUGACUUCAGCACUCUGAGCCUAGAAGAGAAAAGGAAUAUGCAAAACCACCAAGCGGGUGGAUCUCGGCGGGAGCCCCCACCUCCUCCUGUUCCUCAGAACAGACAAUUUCCCCGAGAGAGAGAAGGUACAUCCAGAGACCAGCCCAAAGUGACCAACACGAUGCGCAAGAUGUUUUUGCCCAGCACGCAGUCAGGGCAGAGAGAGGGUCUCAUCAAACACGUGCUGGCCAAGAGGGAGAAGGCCUACAUCAACUGGCACAACUUCAGGUUUUUUGUGGGAACGUGGAAUGUGAACGGGCAGUCUCCUGACAGCUUCUUGGAGCCGUGGCUGGUGUGUGACACGGAGCCUCCGGACUUCUACUGUGUCGGGUUCCAGGAGCUGGACCUCAGCACAGAGGCUUUCUUCUACUUUGAUUCUACGAAGGAGCAGGAGUGGCUGGCUGCUGUGGAGAGGGCCCUGCAUCCUCAGGCCAAGUACAAGAAAGUGCAGAUGGUCCGUCUGGUUGGGAUGAUGUUGCUCGUGUUUGCUAAGAAGGAUCAUCUGAGCAAUAUCAGAGAGAUCGUGACGGAGUCUGUGGGCACGGGAGUCAUGGGAAAGAUGGGCAACAAGGGCGGCGUGGCCGUGAGGUUUGUGUUCCACAACACCACCUUCUGCGUCGUCAACUCCCACCUGGCUGCCCACGUGGAGGACUUCGAGCGCCGGAACCAGGAUUAUAAGGACAUCUGUGCCCGGAUGAGCUUUGAGACCCCCGAUGACAGCCUGCCUCAGCUCAACAUCAUGAAACACGAUGUUGUCAUCUGGCUGGGAGACUUGAACUACAGGCUGUGUCUACCAGAUGCCAGUGAAGUGAAGAGUCUCAUCAGCAAGAACGAGCUUCAGAAGCUGCUGACAUAUGACCAGCUGAAUAUUCAGCGCACUCAGAAGAAAGCAUUUGCAGAUUUCAUGGAGGGAGAGAUUAAAUUCAUCCCCACGUAUAAAUAUGACUCUAAAACAGAUCGCUGGGACUCCAGUGGGAAGUGUCGUGUGCCGGCGUGGUGUGAUCGGAUCCUUUGGAGAGGAGGGAACAUCAGUCAGCUCCGGUACUGCAGUCACAUGGACCUGAAGACCAGUGACCACAAGCCUGUCAGCGCGCUUUUCCGCAUUGGGGUGAAGAUUGUGGAUGAGCAGAAGUACCGGAAGCUGUUCGAAGACAUCGUUCGUAUAAUGGACAGGAUGGAGAAUGACUUUCUUCCUUCACUGGAGCUGAGCAGGAGAGAGUUUGAGUUUGAGAACGUGAAAUUCCGUCAGCUGCAGAAGCAGAAGUUUAAGAUUACCAAUAAUGGGCAGGUCACCUGUCACUUCUCCUUCAUCCCUAAGCUCAACGACAGCCACUACUGCAAGCCAUGGCUUCGGGCCGAGCCCUGUGAAGGUUACCUGGAACCAGAUGAGAGCACAGAUAUCUCCCUGGACGUGUACGUCAGCAAGGACUCGGUCACCCUCCUGAACUCCGGCGAGGAUAAAAUUGAGGAUAUUCUUGUCCUGCACUUGGACCGAGGGAAGGACUAUUUCCUGACCAUCAGUGGGACCUACCUGCCCAGCUGCUUUGGCACCUCCCUCGAGGCUUUGUGCCGAAUGAAGCGACCGAUCCGAGAAGUUCCAGUCACCAAACUCAUUGACCUGGGAGAAGACAGCUUCUUAGAAAAGGAGAAAUCCGUCCUGCAGAUGGGCUCCCUGGACAGUGAGGAGGCAGGUGAGGUGCCGCUACAGGUGCCGAAGGAGAUCUGGCUCUUGGUUGACCACCUGUUCAAGCACGCCUGCCACCAGGAGGACCUGUUCCAGACUCCAGGCAUGCAAGGAGAGUUGGAGCAGAUCAUUGACUGCCUGGACACCAGCAUUCCUGAGACAAUCCCGGGCAGUAAUCACUCCGUGGCUGAAGCUCUCCUCAUCUUCCUGGAGGCUCUGCCAGAGCCUGUGAUCUGCUACGAGCUGUACCAGCGGUGCCUGGACUGGUCACACAACAGCCGGCUGUGCCGACAGGUGAUCCUUCAGCUGCCAAGCUGCCACCGCAAUGUGUUUCGGUACCUAAUGUCCUUCCUCCGGGAGCUGCUCAGGUACUCAGAGGACAACAACGUCAGUGUUGCCAUGAUCGCUGCCCUGUUCUCCAGCCUCCUCCUGCGCCCUCCACCCAACCUGAUGGCCAAGCAGACCCAGCAGGACCGCCAGCGUGCCAUCAACUUCCUCUACAGCUUCCUGCUCGCCGGGGACGAGGAGUGACUCCUGCCGCGUGCCAAAGCCGGGGCCCGCGCUCCAGCCGGGCCUCUCACAGCUCCGAGGGGUAAAGGCUCAAAGCUCUCCAAGUGCCAUGUUUACAGUUGGAAGGGAUGUGUUCCCCCUCCUUCCCACGCUGUGCCCCAGAGGACCUGCAUGCUCAUUGCACUGCCAUCCACCACUGGAGCCUCCGGCUUCUCCGCAGGAGCCGGGUGGAUCUGUUGAUACCCGAGCACUGUGCCAGCACCUGUCGUCCUGUGGCUGUGUCACCCGAGUCACGCUUCUCUGUGUCACCCCCAUCUCCCCGGAGCCGCUGUGGAGAAGGGUGGGGACGGCUGGUGCUCCCAGAGACCGUGGCACGCUGUUUGCCUCCAGUGCCAGGUAUGCCUGCUGGUGUGUACAGCACCCCAGACUGGUGUGGGACUUGUGUCACCCUCUGCCACACGGCUGGCCCAGCCAGCCCUGAUGCCGUCACUGUGCUAUGGAUCGUGCUGUCCCAGGAAGGUUGUUUGGACGUUUGGCCUCCCCCCUUUGGCAGGGCCUUCCCCUCUCCCCUCCUUCCCAGGGCCCCAGCACACGGGUCUGUCCCUGCACCUCACAUUGUGCCCUCACUCUCCCUUCCCCUGUGCUCAGCAUCCCUUGGGGACACGGAAGGGCAGGUAGCUUGGAGUGGCCGGGGUCAGGCAGGGCCAUGAGCUGCCCUCUGCUUCUCCCAGGCUGUCCUGUGCCUAGCACAGAGCAGGAGGUGGCUUCUGUCCCUGCAUCCUGGCUUGCAGGACACACUGAGUGACCACGUGCCAGUGGAUGGGAUCCAUCCCCUCCUCCCCAGGAGGUGCAGGCUUUGGGGGGGUGAAAGGAGCCAGAAAUGCACCUCAGGAGCCAGAGGAGCAGCUGUGGGGGCUGUGCUGGGGGGCUGCAGUGCCAGGGUCGCACACAACUGGGGAGGGGACACCCCUGGAACUGGUGACUGAGGGUACAAGAGGGUGGCCUGUCCUACUCAAACACUAAGAGGCCUGUGGGGCCACAUGGCCUUGGCUGAGGGAGGCCAGAGACACGAGGGGAGUGGGCAGUGGGCUGUUGUCGCAGAGCCUCUGCCAGCGCCUGGGCCCAGCCUAGGGUGUCAUGUGUCUCCGUGGUCCCUUUGCACUGGCUGAGCUACCACGGGCUCCCCUCCCUUCUGCCUAUUUUUUUUUUCCUUUUCCUUAAAAUUUUUAAAUUACAUAAUUUAUUGGGAAAGCGUUCGUUCCAAAUAAACCUCCGUUGUGCAAGGC